AUGAAUUCCAGCCUUGUGAACUCCUUGGCCAAAGUCUACGAUCCAAACCCUCUUCAUGGUAUGAAGCCUGGAGGAAGGAAGCUCUCUUUUAAUGGAUCAGACAAGUCCUCAUCUCCUUCAUCCUCUCCGUCAUCUUCUCCCUCUCAUGACAGCGCCCUGCGCCGCAUGGAGAACCGAAUGGACUCACUGAGCUCCCAAAUGGAGCGGUUGCUCAACAUGCAGCAAAUCGUCCUAACGCGGCUGGACAGCCUGUCUCAGGACGUCCGGGGGUUGGGGCGGGAUCUGGCUUCUUUACGUGAGGAGGGCAGGCGUGGGUCAGUGAUGGAGGCGGCGUGCAGAGAGCUGUGUGGGGCUGUGGAAAAGGUCGGCGAGCGGAUGGAAAGUCAGGGACGCAGGCUGGAUGGGGUGGAGAAGCUGGUUGAAGGCACCCAGCAGGUCAUCAGCUUCAUUGGGGAGGUGGUGAAGGGCUCCAGGCUGGUGGAGCUGCUCUUCAAACAGCCUGGGAACAAGGCUGGCAAGAAGGCAAAGGAUGAAAAGGAUAAAGCCAAACUGAACCUGAAAGGCUUGAAGACCCAGAAGAAGAGGAAACCUCAGGAUGCAUCAGACACAUCCUUGCUGAAUGAGCCUGUGCUGCAGGAACAGGUGGAAAAGCUCAACAGGCAGAACACGGAGCAUUCCCAGCAUGGAAAACCAGAUGCUGACAUUCAGAGAGGAGACGACAGAGGAAGUGGAGGAAGACGAGAGGAGCCAGUGGAGCUGAUCCUGGAUGGACCACACACCUCUUCGGCCCCAUCAGAGAGGAAGAAGGUGACUGAGGACGAGGAGGAUGUUGACGCUUUUCAGGACUCCGAAGAAGAGGAGGAAAAGUUGAAAGACUUGAGUCAGGAACCAGCUGGAAAAGUGGAGGAUGAUGGGAAAAAAGGGGAAGCAGAGGAGUCAUUAAAAUCUGAAAUAACCACAAGUGUCAUCUCAGAUAUCUGCAAGACUUCUUUACUACCGCAGGAAAGCUCUGAAGAGGUUGGUGAUGUUGCCACUUGCAGUAAACGCCGUGUCACAGAGGAAGACCUGGUGAAAGACGACCUGAAGAAGAGCCGAGUGGAGGACAGUGAGGUGGAAAAAGCUGAUGAACAGGUGGGGGAGGCGAGUGAGCCUCAGGCUUCCAAAUCUGAAGAAGUAAAGACAGAGGAGGACGAGGAGAGGAAGGAGGGGGAGUCGGAGCUGAAAGAAUUUAUUAUUGACUCAAGCCCUCCACCUUUAGCACCUUUUGACCAUCGGAUUGUGACUCCUAAACCCCAUCAGAUCGCAACCUAUUACACCAUCAACAGAGAUGAGGUGCUGGGAGGGGGGCGUUUUGGCCAAGUCCACAAGUGCACAGAGAACUCGUCUGGUCUGACGUUGGCCGCCAAGAUCAUCAAGGCCAGGAGCCAGAAAGAGAAGGAUGUUGUGAGGAAUGAAAUCCAGGUGAUGAACCAGCUGAACCACGCCAACCUCAUCCAGCUCUACGCCGCCUUUGAGUCGCGCCAUGACAUCAUCCUGGUCAUGGAAUAUGUGGAGGGAGGGGAGCUGUUUGACCGCAUCAUUGAUGAGAACUACAACCUGACGGAGCUCGACACGGUGCUGUUUAUACGCCAGAUCUGUGAAGGGCUGCAGUACAUGCACAAGAUGUACAUCCUACAUCUUGACCUCAAGCCAGAGAACAUUCUAUGUGUCAGCAGAGCAACUAACAAGAUUAAAAUCAUUGACUUUGGCCUGGCCAGGAGGUAUAAACCCAGGGAGAAGCUCCGGGUCAACUUUGGAACUCCUGAAUUUCUGGCUCCUGAAGUCAUCAACUACGAGUUUGUUUCAUUCCCCACAGACAUGUGGAGCCUCGGCGUCAUCACAUACAUGCUGCUCAGCGGUUUGUCUCCGUUUCUUGGUGAUGACGACAACGAGACGUUGAACAACAUCCUGGCCUGUCAGUGGAACUUUGAGGAAGAGGAGUUCACGGACAUCUCAGACGAGGCCAAAGACUUCAUCACCCGGCUGCUGGUCAAGAGCAAGAGCUGGAGGAUGAGCGCAGCAGAGUCCCUCAGACACCCGUGGCUGUCGGACCGGAGUCUGCACUAUCGGCUAAAUCAGAAGCAAAACAAGUGCCACUCCACACAUGCUCCGUCUCCAGAGACAACAACAGAAAAACUGUGAGGCCCUCAGCAUGCCUUUUGACAAUGGAGGGACCUGGGGCCCAACACUGGACCAAUGCUGCUGUACCUGUAUGGCUACUGGAAACCUUCUCUCUGCCUCACAUCCUGGUGUUAGCUUAGCCCUGCAGCUUUAUCUCUGACCCUGAUUGCAUUAUUGAACCAGGCAUAAAGACACUUCCAGCAGGGUUCACCGUACUGUAGGAGAAACUCCGGAGUAAACCCUCGAGGAGUGAGGACUCUGCAACCAUAAGCUGGUGUUGUUAGUGAGGUAAAACCUGAUAUGCAACUUGGAAACAAAAAAGAAAAAAAACAGAGACUGAAGGCCUGGAUUUCUUGUUAAAUCUUGUAUGUAAAUGUGUAAGAAAAUACGAUCCGUUUGGCGAAUGACACACGCCGAUCUCCCUCUGUCCUGGUUUGUUGCAUGCUUUGCACUUUUUGGUCAAUCUCUGCAAAUUUUAGCAAAGAACUUUAAACAAAUAUAGACUGAAUGCUUUUAUUUAAAUACUAUAUUUUUGUGAAUACAAACUUUAUUUCUUUCUUUAAUUUACAAGUCUUAUAAAAUGUUUUUUUUUUCUUUCUUGAAGGUAAAUGAAAUGUUCUUGCUUGGAGUCACGUCACAUUAAUUUAUUUUGUAUAUAACACCGCUCCACAUGCUCUCAUUCCCCUAAAAGAGAGAAUAUCUCAAUGACUGAAAGCUGCCGUAUCACAGCCCACCUCUCUGGUGCAUUUUCACUGUUUUUACCCUCUGCAUGCCACUAGCUUGCCUUUGCUUGGGCAGUCUGGAGUAGCCCUCUCACCUUCCAUGAAGGCACCACGAACAACAGAAAACUACCUACGAUAAUUCAUGUUUAUGACUGAAGUGGAUUCUUAUGUUCUUUAUUUGCUGGUUCUCACCAGACUGUACUUGAAGUGCAAAGCUUUUA